AUGGUUCAGUAUUUCGCUGUUUUCCUGACUCUCUCCUUUUUUGGCAGCUCACUGGGAACAACCACCUCACCUCAGCAACAAAACGCCUCAAAGUUAAAAGACUUAUGCCAGGUAAGAAAUGCAUAAAGAUAUAAAAAGGAGCACUGAGCCGUAGAUUAGGUGCCCCAAGAAACUGUUUUAUUACUCUCACGUCGUUAUGAUCACUUACUAAAUAGUACCCGUUAAAAUUGUAUGGCAGUUUAUUUAAAAGUCCUCGCUUCAGUAUGAUUUUUCCUCGAAAACCUUAAGCCUGUCUAUUGUUAGCUUUUACUGAUUCCAACCAAGUCCAUUCGAGGUGAGAUAACGCUUUAAAUAGGAUUAUGAUGUCCAAGGUCCAUUCCGUGCCUCGAAAACAAGGGAGACGACCGGCGGGUAUAGAGUUUGUUUAUUUUGGUGCGGAAUCAUUGUUUGCAAGAGAGCUAUGGGCGUGUAUGAACGGAAUUAUAAUCUUAAUUAUUCCUGGUACAUGGAUUUUCAUUAGAAAAAUGGUAUUCCAGAGAAAGAGCAAUGCUUCCCCUAUCAAUCUGUGAAAUAAAAUUCUGGGGCAAUUUAAACUGCGAGUUUUUACAGCUGAAAACAUUUACGAAACUCGCGUGAUUUACGACCUUUGAACUUGCAGUGUUUUUGAUGAACACAAGCAGGAACUUUUUACACAGCAUUCGAAACUCUGGCGGAAAUUCGCCCCUUUUCCGCCAGUUUAAACACCAGAAAUGAUUUUAGAUUUCACAGUGGUAACUUUUCAAAAGGAAAAACAACUUUAUUGCGCGGAAGUGAGCUAUGAACUUCUUGACUACAACACUUCCCUUACGUGCGUAUUUGUUUACUUUUGCCGUAUUUGUAACAGUAAUCAUUUAUGUCGAAACUGCUUUAGUGUCGGUAGCUAUUCUUUAAAAUGCUCUCAUUUCUCAUGAACCCAAUCGUUACAGUUUUAAAAAAAGGAAAACACUUUGACCUACCUCACAUUAUUUGACAACGGACCCGAAUCCUUUACUCCCUUAAGCGAAACGAGAUUGCCUGACAAAGAACUUUGAGACCCAGGAAAACAGUACCCUGCUAGCAGAGUCGCUUCAACCUUACCUAGAUAAGUCGGGAAAGAGGAAGCGACUCUGCCGACAUCUUCAAGUUCCUUUGAUCUGCCGAUCCUCCAGCUUUUUGGAUGAGUCAGACAAGUUUUAUACUGGAAAAAACCGGUUUUAUCUGUGCACGCACGCAUAUUCUGGAAUUUUGCUGACUCUUUCUGCGCCCACGGUCCAUAGAAAAAGAAAUAGCUGCCGCUUCAAUUUCAUGCGGGAAUUUUGAUAAAAUUAUAGAUUGAACGUUCAGUUUUAGAAAAUUGGAAAAUGUACCCAGAUUCGAGAUGGAUUUUGUUUUGGAUUUAACCAUGUACUUAGCCGAUUUAACUUGCGUGAACGGAUCCACAAUCCAGUAAGUGUUACGCGAAGUUUUUGGAAGGAUAAACAAAUGGGUUUUGAAUAAAAAUAUUUAAGAAAUAAUGUCUAUGCUGAUUCUUCUGUGUUUGCCAUAACAUUAAUUCAAAAUAAGAUCAUGAGGCUACAGAAUCCAUGUUGCAUUUAAAUGAUCGAUGCUUUUACAGCUUUUUGUGGAUAACACCCGACUUGCGAUGCCAAAAACGUCUUUAUAAUUCGUAUUUUUCUACGACGUCAAUCAAAAUCUCGAGAAGCGGCGCUUUCUUCGCUUUCUCGCCUUUUAUACAUCUUAGCGAACCUCUUAGGAGACACAAGUUCGUCGUUCGUGAUUUGUGAUUGGUGGAUUUCGAUUCGUUUUGUGUGUUUCUGUGUUUCAAGGUUAGAUGCUUUGUUUUUGAAAAGCACCGUAAGUUUGGGGUCGUUUUACUUUAGCUAUAAGAUUUUUUUAUCUUCUUUACACUGAAACAUGGCAAGUUUAGAUGCCAAAGGUGAAAUUGUUCCUAUAGAGCUUCCAGAUCCAGAGGAAACACGGCUACGGAAGGGUGAAAACGAACCGGUACGUUCCCGCUAACAUUUACAUUUGCUGACAAACACAGUGGAUGCUACGGUAACGGUUUGAUUGACGUCGCAGAAAAAUUUGAAUUUGGAGCAUGCUCAAUAUGAAUUGUCGAGGAUGUCGGCAGAGGUUCCUUCCUCUGCCCGACUUAUCUAAGAAGAUCGAAGGAGACUCUGUUCGCAGGGUAGGAAAAACGCGAAGACAGAUCUCAUUCUGAAAAAGAAACUCGCGUGGCACCUUCUGUAGCUAUAAAAGCGAAACAUUUAAAUAAUCAAUAUCCUUAGUUUUCCACAAGAGACUAUGAAGUGGUGGGCCCUUAUAGUCUCUUAUUUUACAUAAACUUCUGCUGAAAAAAGCGCUAAAUCGUAGUCUGAAAUGUCAUCCGAGAAAAGGGGGGGGGGGGUCUUAUUAGGGAGAGGGGGCUUAUUUCAGGGGAGGGGCUUAACAGAGGGUUUACGUUAUAUUUUACUUUUAUUGGGGUCCAGAAAAUCGAUCUUUAUAUAAAGACCUUAGUUCCAUAGACGUUUUUUAUAUAAGGAUUCCACUGUAUAAGGGCCGGCCUACCCCUUCAUAGUCUUUUGACGAAAAAAAUAUUUUUUUAGUGUUACAUUUGAAGGGUCACUCUAGCGGAUAAGUCAAGGAAACUAAAGAUUUUUAUUACUUACACGUUUCGCUUUUAUAGUUACAGAAGGUGGCGUGAGUUUGUUUUUUAGAAUGGUAUCUGUCUUUGAGGUAUAAACUGGGUCUCUUAGUUCUUUAUCAUGCAAUCUCUCGUUUCGCUAAAGGAAGAACACUGUAAAGGAUUCGGGUCUGUUGUCAAAAAAGUCAAAAAAUGAGAGGUAGGUCAAAAUGUUUUCCUUUUUAUAGCUAUAACGAUUUGUUUCAUGAGAAAUGAGAACGUUUUAGAGAAUAGCUAUCGACACUAAAGCCGUUUUGUACGUAAAUGAUACCUGUUACAAGGGGUAAAAGUAAACAUUUACGCAUGUAAGGAAAGUGUUGUUGUCAAGAAGUUCAUAGCUCACUUCCGCACAAUAGAACGCGUUUCCUUUUGAAAACUUACCACUGUGCAGUCUAGAAUCGUUUUGGUGUUUAAACUGGCGGAAAAAGGGCGAAUUUGCGCCAGAGUUUUAAAUGCUGUCUAAGUUCGCGCUUGUAUUCAUCAACUUGAUACCACUGCAAGUUCAAAGGUCGUAAAUGUGGUAAAAGUUUCGUAAAUGUUUUCAGCUGAAAAAACUCGCAGUUUAAAAUGCCCCAGAAUUUUAUUUCACAGAUUGAUAGGGGAAGCAUUGCUCUUUCUCUGGAAUACCAUUGUCUAAUGAAAACCAUGUACCAGGAAUGGAUUUUCGCUGUUGAAAAUUGGCAAAAUUGAUGGUUGCGAUAAUGCUGAUCUAGGGGGUAAUUAAAAAAAAAAAUAAACAAUCAGAUCUUUUGAAAUUAUAACAACCUUUAGAUACAAAGGAAGGAUAAUGAAAUUGUUUAAUAUAAGAAAAGUCAUGGUAUUAGUUUCCGUUUUCAUUCACGAAGCGAGGGUAUCAAGCACAUUUUUCGGUGGUUUUAACGCCUCUCGAAGGUGAAAAUUAAAACAAUUGAUUAUUUUGGAAAAUAUUAAGUCCAAGAACUGAGUCCUUUAUUUUCUAAAAUAGUUUCGGCAAAGGGCUUUGUUGUGACAAAGUUUGGGGGAUUUCAAUUUUUCCAUCUUGCACACUUAUCCAUGGUAUUUACAGAAAGUCGCUCUUAAAAGUCAUUUUUACUUUAAUUUCAGCGAUCUAUGAUGGGUUUCCCUGGUAUUCCAGGAUCAAAUGGUAUACCUGGAGUGCCAGGCGUCCCGGGCCCACACGGACCCCAGGGAAGGGAAGGAGUAAAAGGACAAAUUGGUGAUAAAGGAUCGCGAGGAAUGCAAGGUUUAAGAGGAGACAGGGGGCGCGAAGGGCCUCCUGGGAAGAGUGGACCCCGAGGAAUUAAGGGAAUGAAGGGUCAACAGGGUCUUCUGGGAAUGAAAGGAGAGCCAGGUAUUGUGGGAAAUCCAGGAAGAAAAGGGGUCAAAGGAGAGAAAGGAGAAAGCGCCAAAGCAAGUCAAGCAAGUGUAGUACCACAAACUAACUGGAAACAAUGUGUUUGGAAAUCACAGAGUAGCACUAAUAACGGAAAGAUUAAGGUAAAUACAAAUAAGAAUCAUAACACACUCCUAAGGAAAUCCAUUCCUUUUUGAAUUAAAAUAUUUCAAAGAAGAGUUGCCAACACAUUACAUAAAUAACUAAUUAAUAAUAAUAAUAAUAAUAAUUUUUUUAACGAGAAAAAAAAGCAAACAAACAAACAAAACAAACAAAAACAACAACAACAACAACAACAACAACAAAACACAAAAUGACAAACCCACAUCAUUUGUGAUAAAAUGAUUCCUGGCCAUAUGGAUAAGGACAACAAAAAUUGACGCUAUUACAGAGUUUUUAAACAUUAGGAAGUAAUCUUGACUGGAGUUGUUAGUUUCAAUCAUUACACACGGUUGAUCGCCUAACUACAAUAUGUUUGAUUUGUUUGCUUUUAUUCCAGGACGGUGCGUUUAACAAACUGCAGUCUAAUUCAGCGCUCGAAGUCUCAUUCCAGGGAAACAUGGGGGUCUAUGGAAGUAGUGAAAAGUGUAACCGAUGGUAUUUCAAGUUCAAUGGAAAUGAAUGCAGUGGACCAAUGACGAUUGAGGCUGUUGUUUACAACAACUGGCCAUCUGGGAACCCUCAUCUGCUGCAUCAUCGGUCAUUUGAGGGAUACUGUGAAAACAUCCCACAAGGGGCGGUCAGAGUGGAAUUAUGGGUAGGACAGUGUAGUGGUGGCUGGACCCUGGGUAAUGCUGACACUGGGUGGAAUUCAGUGUCCCGGAUAAUGAUUGAAGAAGUAUCUAGGCCCCAGUCCUAA